GCUUCAGUCUCCGCGCUCACGCGCUGCGCGGGCCGGCGCGCCCAGGUGGAUGCGCGCGCGUUGCGUGGAGACGAGUGGCGGGCACACCCGAACACGCCGGCCCCGCCCCGAGCCGUGGAUUGGCUGCCGGGAGCUGGCCGGGCCCCGAUUGGCUGGCGCCUCGGCCCUCGGCCCGUUCACGGUGGGUAGCGCCGCAGCGUGGCUCGGCUCGUCCGGCCGCGGCCCCGGGAGCACGGAGCCCGAGCGGCCGGGCGGGGCCGGCGCUGGGCGCCGCCGGGAGCCGCUCGCCGCCCACCCCGGGCCGGGGCCGGGCGCAGCCGGGGUUCGCGGCCGCGCCCGGUGGCCGCGAGCGGUGGACAAAGGCCAUGCGGGGCUGGGGGCCGCGGCGCGGGGCGCGCGGGAACAGGGGGCCGUAGCGGCGCCGCUGGGCGAGGCCCGGGAGGGCGGGGCGGCCGCGAUGCCGUGGUUCCCGGUGAAGAAGAUCCGCAAGCAGAUCAAGCUGCUGCUCCUGCUGGUACUCCUCACCUGCGCCGCGUGGCUCACGUACGUGCACCUGAGCCUGGUGCGCCAGGGCCGCGCGCUGCGCCAGCGCCUGGGCUACGGGCGAGAUGGUGAGAAGCUGAGCGGUGUGACUGAUGGCCGGGGUGUCCAGGCUGCACUGUCCACGCGGAGGGCAGAGGACUCCAGUGAGAGCCGUGAGGAGGAGCAGGCGCCUGAAGGUUGGGACUCAAACAUGCUGUUUCCUGGGGGGGCUGGGAGGCCACCCCCACUGAACCUCACCCAUCAGGCACCCCCAUGGCAGGAGGAGUACAAGGGGCAGGUGAACCUGCACGUGUUUGAGGACUGGUGUGGGGGCGCCGUGGGCCAGCUGAGGAGGAACCUGCACUUCCCACUGUUCCCUCAUACUCGCACCACUGUGAAGAAGUUGGCUGUGUCCCCCAAGUGGAAGAACUAUGGACUUCGGAUUUUUGGUUUCAUCCACCCAGCAAGAGAUGGAGAUGUCCAGUUCUCUGUGGCAUCAGAUGACAACUCUGAGUUCUGGCUGAGCCCAAAUGAGAGCCCAGCGGGUGCCCAGCUGGUGGCCUUUGUGGGCAAGACUGGCUCAGAGUGGACAGCACCUGGAGAAUUCACCAAGUUCAGCUCCCAGGUGUCCAAGCCCAGGCGGCUCACAGCCUCCCGGAAGUACUACUUUGAGCUGCUGCACAAACAGGAUGACCGAGGCUCUGACCACGUGGAAGUGGGCUGGCGUGCCUUCCUGCCGGGCCUCAGGUUCGAGGUCAUAGACUCAGCUCACAUCUCCCUGUACACAGAUGAGUCGGCCCUGAAGAUGGACCAUGUGGCCCACGUCCCCCAGUCUCCAGCCAGCCAUGUGGUGGGGCGCUUGCCCCAGGAGGAGCCCAGAGCAGACAUGCUCCGACCCGACCCCCGAGACACCUUCUUCCUCACUCCCCGCGUGGAGCCUUCGCGUCUGGAGGACGUGCUGGAGCCCUGUGCCUACGCCCCCACCUACGUGGUCAAGGACUUCCCCAUCGCGAGAUACCAGGGGCUGCAGUUUGUGUACCUGUCCUUCGUCUACCCCAAUGACCACACGCGCCUCACUCACAUGGAGACCGACAACAAGUGCUUCUACCGCGAGUCCCCGCUGUACCUGGAAAGGUUUGGGUUCUACAAAUAUAUGAAGAUGGACCGGCAGGAGGGUGAGGGAGGUGACGAGGAGGAGGUGCAGCGUCGAGCCUUCCUCUUCCUCAAUGCGGAUGACUUCCUGGACGACGAGGAUGACGCAGAGCUGCUGGACAGUCUGGAGCCCACCGAGGCGCCCCCGCCGCGAGGUGGCCUCCCCUUCCCUACCGCCGAGGCUGGACCUGUGCGCACCUCUCCGACUCCUCCCAGCCCCCGGGGCCAGGCGACCCCCAGGCGCUCCCGGGCACUGAGCUGGGCCGCCCGGGCCGCGCACCCGCUGCCCCUCUUCUUGGGCCGUGCCCCGCCGCCCCGCGCCGCAGCCGAGCAGCAGCCCCCGAAGGUGUACGUGACGCGGGUACGUCCUGGCCUACGGGCGCCCCCGCGAGCCCUGGCACCGCUCAGGCCACGCGGCCCACCCUGGCCGCCCUUCCCCGGCAUCUUCCUGCACCCCAGACCUCUGCGCAGGGUGCAGCUACGGGCACCCCCACGCCUGCCGCAGUCCCGAAGCUGGAAGACCGGCAGUCCCCAGGCCACAGAGCUGAGUUCCACAGGCCGGGCACAGGCUGCCCCCGGGAGCCGGGAGGGCCAAGCACGUGCACCUGGACUCGUGGCACCCACAGUGGACCCAAACUCGUCGUCCGAAGUGCGGCCUGUGACCUCCUUCCUGAGCUUGUCCCAGGUGUCCAGGCCACAGCUGCCUGGGGAAGGUGAGGAGGAGGAGGAGGAAGGGGAUGACGAGGUCGCCCAGGACAGCGAGGAGGCUGCUGGCCCCGCCCUCGGCCGCUGGCGUGAGGAUGCCAUUGACUGGCAGCGCACAUUCAGCGUGGGCGCCAUAGACUUCGAGCUGCUGCGCUCGGACUGGAACGACCUGCGCUGCAACGUGUCCGGGAAUCUGCAGCUGCCAGAGGCCGAGGCCGUGGACGUAGUGGCCCAGUACAUGGAGCAGCUCCACGCGCGCCAUGGCGGGCGCUACUCGCUUCUGCGUAUCGUGAAUGUGGAGAAGCGCAGGGACUCAACCCGCGGGAGCCGCUUUCUCCUCGAGCUGGAGCUGCAGGAGCGCGGGGGCAGCCGCCUGCGCCUGUCCGAGUACGUCUUUCUGCGACUGCCAGGACCCCGAGCCGGGGACGGCGACGGAGAGAGUCCCGAGCCUGCUCUCGCCACCCCCGAGCGCCCCGACGGACAUCCAGAGCUCUGCCGGCCGCUGCGCCUGGCCUGGCGCCAAGACGUGAUGGUUCACUUCAUCGUGCCGGUGAAGAACCAGGCGCGCUGGGUGGCCCAGUUCCUGGCGGACAUGGCCGAGCUGCAUGCCAGCACAGGAGACUCGCACUUCAGCGUCAUCCUGGUGGACUUUGAGAGCGAGGAUAUGGACGUGGAGCGGGCCCUGCGGGCGGCACGGUUGCCCCGGUACCAAUACCUGAGGCGAACAGGAAACUUUGAGCGCUCCGCUGGCUUGCAAGCUGGAGUGGAUGCGGUGGAGGACGCCAGCAGCAUCGUUUUCCUCUGUGACCUGCACAUCCACUUCCCCGCCAAUAUCCUGGACGGCAUCCGCAAGCACUGCGUGGAGGGCAGGCUGGCCUUUGCGCCUGUGGUCAUGCGCCUGGGCUGCGGGAGCUCACCGGGGGACCCGCACGGUUACUGGGAGGUGAAUGGCUUCGGCCUCUUUGGGAUCUACAAGUCUGACUUUGACCGUGUUGGAGGCAUGAACACCGAGGAGUUCCGGGACCAGUGGGGGGGCGAGGACUGGGAGCUGCUGGACAGGGUCCUGCAGGCAGGGCUGGAGGUGGAGCGGCUCCGACUGCGUCACUUCUACCAUUUCUACCACUCCAAGCGGGGCAUGUGGGGCACACGCAGUCAGAAGGGCCCCCGCAAGGAGCAACCCUGAGGGCCAGGCGACCCGGCCGUGGCACAGUCCUGUGGUGGUGGCUGGAGGCCAGGGUGCCCAGCGGCUCAUCAUGGGGCACAGCCACCUCCUGUGCCUGCCCCCCUCUGGCCCUCUGCGCCCCUGCCCAGAGAGGCAGCCUUCACAGUCGGGGCCCAGCUUGGUCCCACACUCUGUGCGAUGAUUUCUGUGAAAUUUUGCAGUAGCGAUGACAUUGUUUUCAGGAUUUCCAAGA